UCAAGAACCAAAAGAGAUGCACGGCAACAUGUUCAGAUAGGUUUCCAGAGCUGGAAAAUGGUGCCUUCUCACAACAAGGAUACGUCGGAAUCGCCAUGAUGGCAGGACGAACGCUCGAUACCAAAAAGCGACGCGUUUUUGACUCGGUCUUUGGCGCACCUUCAAUCUCGCAACCGACUCCCGUCGCAACACCAGUCACGGGCUUCACGGCACCUGGUCAGGCGUUCGGAACACCACAAGUCCAUCGUUCUCCAUCCAAUUCCCAGACUCCUUCUGCUUUGAAAGUCUCGCCUGAAAAGGUGACAACGGAUUACGUUCAGGACCAGGUGCGAUGGGACCGAUCAUGGCAUAUUGUUACGCGAGUUCUGAAUCUUCCCAACUUCCCAGAACAUCGAGGUGUACUGGAGCCACUCAAACCAGAGAGAGAGUCCGUUGACAAAGACUUUUACAAUGCACUCGAUGUCCUUCUCUACCCUCAGACUUGCGUACCACUCGCACGGCAAACAGAAGAUAUCAUUGCCUGGCACACCUCUCAGGUGCGACGACACUUCCUUCAGCAGGUUUUACCUAUCAUCAUAAGUCUCAAAGCUCAUGGAAGUGCCGACGCUGUUCUCCUUCGGGCUGUCAAGGUCCUCGAGACUGCCCAACGUCAGUAUCUUCAUGGGCUUUCAUUCAUCAAAGAACAUAUUGACAAUUCUGGGCCACCUGGAGCAUCAGUAUCAGUUAUGUCAAGAUUUCACAGGGAUAUCUAUGCUGUGAUUAGCAAUUCGGUAGCAGACCCAAUGCUGGGCGUCCUAAGAGAGGUAUUGGGCCGGCAUGUCUCUCGCAUUCUCGGCCUUCCUUCUAAAGAAAAUGCCAAUACCUAUUCAAUAGCUCCUGAGAACGUGGAAUCUGAGAAGGCUCGCCGUGAUCUUCUGGCCCUCGUGGACUCCCUGAAAAGUGUGGGGCUGGCAGGCGAGCAGUUUCAGGUCUCCUUUGCUGAAAUUAUGAAUGACUCUAUGACGGAAUACGUACAUCGAGGCUGCAAAGGAAUCUGGUCUCUAACUGGACUGUUUGAGAACCGUCCGAGUAAGAAUGCUAUCUUGCUGAGGGCAGCGCAUCAUUCAACACCGUCUCGAUGUGUGACGGAUCUCUGUGAAUGGAUCGAGAAUCGGUAUGCUAAACUCGCAGUUCAGGUUCUUGGUAUGCUUGAUCCAAAAUACACCAUUUCAUGGACGGAUAAGGAGAAGUACAAGGAGAUGAGCAUUAGUCGUCUUGCAGAACUUAGAAUAAACGAGCUCUACGACAUCGUGGUCCGCUGGCCCCAUAGCAAAGGGGCUUUGGAUGACCUUCGAACCGCGAUCAACACACCUCAGAAACGCUUACACCUAACGGAAGUAUUUGCAAACACCUUGAGCGAGAAGCUGCUGCAUCCUGGUGCAUCGACACUCCAGAUCUUACAGACUUACAUUGCCAUGAUAUGGUCAUUUCAUGCUUUGGAUCACUCUAAGGUGCUACUUGAUAGAGUUGCUUAUCCCCUUCAGUUGUACUUAUCCUCUCGAGAUGAUACUGUGCGUAUAAUUAUCUCUGGUUUGCUUUCGGAGACGGAAGAUGCACAAGGUGAUCCCAUUACCACGUCUACGGAGAAGCUGGUGGAACUAGCGCAACUUUUGAACAAUAACUCCGAGCAAAUCGGCCCCAGGGCAGACGACGAAGAGCUGGAUUGGCACGACAUGGAUUGGAUGCCUGACCCAGUGGAUGCUGGUCCCGGAUACAGGAGGUCCAAAAAUGCGGACAUUAUAGGGACCCUGAUAGGAGUAUUGGGGUCACAAGAUGUUUUCAUCAAGGAGUUUCAAAACAUUAUGGGUGAGAAUUUAUUGAAGCAUGAUGGGCCUUUUGACAAAGAGGUAAAAGUGUUAGAACUCUUGAAAGUUCGCUUUGGCGAGGCACCGCUCCAGGCUUGUGAGGUCAUGCUGAAGGAUAUCCAAGACUCUGGAAGAUUAAAUGGACUGUUCAGGAAAAGACUGCGCGACCGCCACGACUCACACAUCGGUGAGGCUGACACUGAGAAAGUGGCAGACAGCAUCGAUACUCCUAACAACCAGUCGGAGCCGCCGCUACACGUUAAAGUCCUCUCGAGAUUAUUUUGGCCUCAACAGAAUACCGAAGACUUCGGGGUACCCAGAGAGAUCCUUGAAUUACAGCGGGCCUAUGCUGAGGGCUUCGAGUCAAUUAAGUCGUCACGCGUACUUACUUGGAUGCAAUCGUUGGGUCAGGCCACAGUUGAACUUGAGCUCGAAGAUCGCACCGUGGUAGAGGAAGUGCAUACGUGGCAAGCUGCCGUUAUCUCGUCAUUCCAGUUCCGAACAUCACAGGACCAAGAAGGUACGGCCGCCCAAAGAACGAUCGAGGAACUCGUGGAUGAGCUUGAAAUGGACGAGACACUUCUUCGCAGCGCCCUGAAGUUUUGGGUCAACAAGCUAGUUCUGCAAGAAGUUGCUCCGGGCACAUUUUGCGUACUAGAAACGCUAAAUAAAGAAGAUCGCGAGCGUUCAAAUGCGCAAGCAGCAGCCUCCAACGCAGCGAGCAACAAAGAUGAGAGCAGUGACGACACUGGACUUGCCGCCAGUGACGGAGUCGGGAACGAGAAAAUGGGCAUGUAUUGGCAGUUUAUCCAAGGCAUGCUGAAGAAUAGCUCUAGUCAGAUGCCGCUCCAGCAGAUUGCGAUGAUGCUGAAGAUGUUGAUUGUGGAUGGGUUUCCUUACAGCAACGAGGAACUACAGGAGUUUUUGGGGAGGAAGGUUGCGGAUGGGAGUCUAGAGAUGGUAGGCGGGAAGUAUAAACUUAAGAAGUGAGUGUGAAAGAAUCAUGGGACGUGCCUAUCUUGCUUUUCCUCGUUCAAGGUGUGAAUUCGCUUUCAAUCUGGGGCAGAGACAGGUGUUUUGCUCUCCGAAAACACAAAAUACAAUUAUGAUGCUCCAGGACCGAAUGUGAUCACCAGCCAGUACUGUGAUCUGGAGCAUUGGCAGAUAUAGGACAUG